CUGCCUGGAGUCGGGAUGAAGCAGAAGAAAGGUGGGUGGGGACGGGAACCAGCUUGGGAGCCAGCCUGCUUUCUCUCUCGUGUGACACCCAGCGUGGUCCCUUCUCUCCUCUUCCCCACAGGAGCCAGCGUGGCCCAAAUGGUCACUCAGCCUCAGCCAGAAGUGUCUGUGCGCGAGGCACAGACUGCGACCCUGGACUGUACGUAUAACACGGUUCAGAGUGACCACUAUUUGUUCUGGUACAAGCAGCCUCCCAGAGGGGAGAUGAUUUUCAUUAUUCACCAAGAAGCUUAUAAGCAACAGAAUGCAACAGCUAAUCGCUACUCUGUGAACUUCCAGAAAGCAGCCAAAUCCUUCAGUCUCAGGAUCUCAGACUCCCAGCUGGAGGAUGCUGUGAUGUAUUUCUGCGCUUACAGCCCUAGUGGUGGUGGCUAUGGAAAGCUGACAUUUGGACAAGGGACCAUCCUGACUAUCCGCCCAAUUAUCCAGGACCCCGACCCCGCUGUGUACCAGCUGAGAGACUCCAAAUCCAGUGACACCACCGUCUGCCUGUACACCGAUUUUGGUUCUCAAAUCAACAUGACACAGUUACCAGCCACGGACCUCAAGGUGUUCAACUCAACUAGCACUGUGCUAGACAUGGGGGCCAUAGGUUCCAAGAGCAACGGAGUCCUCUCUUGGAGCAACAGCACUAGUUUUGGAUGUCAAGAUGCCUUCAGUGAGACCUUCUAUGCCAGUGAAGAAUUUCCCUGCAAUCCCAAGUUGGUAGAGAAAAGCUUUGAAACAGAUAUCAGCCUGAAUUUCCAAAAUCUACUGGUGAUCGCGUUCCGCAUCCUCCUCCUGAAAAUGGUCGGGUUUAACCUGCUCAUGACACUGCAGCUGUGGUCCAGCUGAGGUCGCCAAGAACAUGAGAGCCAUGUGCUCCCUCGCCCCUUCCUCUUCAUAGCCAGUCCUCUCCCUCUUCAAGCAGAGAGGAAUGUUCUCUGCCCCGUGGACAAGAAGGCUCCAUCCACCUCUCUGGCCUUAGGCAAUACCACCGACGGGAUCCCACCAGAUAUUCGUGAUCAAGAUUCUGGAGAGCUGUCCAGCACUGCCGCCACCCACUCUGUUGCCUCAUUGCUACUUGUCACUGCCUGGCAUCCCCGGCAAAGGCGGGGGCUGCUGCAGCCCCUCCUGGCCGUGGAGAAGCUCCCUCCCCACUCCCAGAGACUGCCUCGAUGCCCACUGGGUGAUGGAUCCUCAGUGGGGUCUCUUGAGUUCUAGCUCCUGAAGCACAUUGUGCAGAGUUUGUAUUUUUUUUAAAUAGUGUUCAUAAAGAAAUACCUACCACCCUCUUCCCCAAGAUGUGGGGGAAAUUAUCUCAUUAUCUAGGCCCUGCUCUGCUGUGUAUCUGAGCCACGUUUUGCUGCCUUGGCUUCAUUAAAAGUGUUUUGACAACAUUGUAAAAUGACUAUAACUCAAUAAAAAAUGUUUAAGAAAAAAAAA